AUGACGGUUGCUGCACCUCCAGUCCCUCCCACUACUCUGCAUGAGAAUGGUCCCGUCCAUGCUCACGGCCCCGUCAAUCCCAUGACGCUGCCUCGCUUCCACCCUAUCGCCAUGAACCCCAAUCAGCAUAUGCCUCCCGAUCCCGCCAUGCAACACCACUUUCGUCCAUAUCCUCCUCCCCCGCCGCCGCAGCAACGUCCUCAUCCCCCUCCUCAUCCGGCGCAGGAGUCCGGUCUGCAUCCGUCUCAUAUAGAGCAUAUUGAAGCCCGGUUGAGACAAUUGGAAAAUGAAGAGGCGGCGCGUAUGGCUGCGAGGAGUCAGCUGCUUGCGAUUCGAAAGCGGGAGGAUGAGGAUUUCCGUCGGAUGACGGAGAAUGCAGAGGCUGAGGAAGAGGAACUCCGGAGACAACGGAAACGACUCAAGAGAGAAUCCAUGGGUAUUGGGGUAAAUGGAUCGACCAUGGACUCGCCGCCUCUGCGGCCAACGCCGCCGCGUCGAUUGUCCGAAACAAAUGCUGCGACGACAUUGGCCUUUUUCAAGCAGCAGACGCCUCCCGAUCCUCGUCCGCUCCCUACCCCUCCGUCCCAAGCUCCGCCCCACCCUCACACUCAUCCUCAUCCUCAUGCACACCCAGCACAUCCGCAUCAACAUCAGCACCAGCAUCCGCCGCAACCUCAUCCUCACCCUCACGCACAUCCGCAUCCACAUGCUCAUCCGCACCAUGUUCAAGUCCAUCCUGCUGUUCCACAGGCUGCACCCUUACCGCCUCAGCCCCACCAUCCGGCCCCCUUUGAUCCAUCAAGUGGCUCUAUCCGUAAGAAGCAGAAGUAUACGAUCAAAAACGUCGAAGCGUGGGGUGAGCGUCAUGGACGUCCCGCAGCUCAUGACCCUUCCGGACGUGCACUGUGGAAACGUCCCUCGGAUGGAAACCUAGUCUAUCUGACAUGCCCUAUCCCCGGAUGCGGGAAAGCGGACUUUGUUACACUGCAUGGCUUCAUGUGUCACCUGACCAAGAAGCAUAAAGACCGUACUUUGGGAAGCCAGUCGCGAGCCUUGGAAGUUUGCGGUGUAGUCUAUGACCCGAACGCUCCCCUGCCUCCUGUCCGGACGGUGCAGCGGGCGUCUACAGAAGAGAGCCGGUUGGAAUCCAACCAAGCAGACGGGGACGGGUAUCCACAGGAAAUGGAAUAUUCGACUGCCUCUGAUGAAGAAGAGGAUCACGACACGUAUGCGGUUAAAACAGAAGCCACAGAAAAUCUGGAGCAGCAGGCACGGAUAGAAGAAUCUAACCCCGCAUUGCCCCCCGCGGCACCAUCUAAUACGAACGGGUCGACCAAGCAGUCGAUUUCGUCUAUUAUUGAUAAUCCUGAAUCGACAGCGCCGCCGCCGUCAUCUAGCGAGACACCAGCAUCUGCUUCCCAGGAGCAGACCACACCAGUCAAAGAGAGGGUCGAACCGACCGAGCCUUCUUCAGACCGAGAACCGAGUGAAACCAAAGAAGCCGAGGUAAAAACCGAGGCAAAAUAA